AUGGUUGCUUUGUAUCUGAUGACUUUGGGAAUUUAUCUUCAGCUUUCCUUCUGUUUUGUCAUGUCUCAGCCUACUUUCAUCAGCAGUGGCCUCCCAAUUUCAGCAGCCCUUCCUGGCCUGGACCAGAAGAAGCGCAGCAGCCACAAAGCAUGCUGCCUGCUGAUGCCGCCUCCACCCCCGUUGUUCUUGCCUCCGUUCUUCAGAGAGGGCCGAAGUCCUCUUCUUUCCCCAGACAUCAAGAACCUCAUCCUUGAACUCGAGACCACGCAGACACCAUGUAUGCAAGGAUCACUUGGCUCCCCUGGGCCUCCUGGCCCCCAGGGUCCACCGGGGCUUCCUGGCAAGACAGGACCAAAAGGAGAAAAGGGGGAGUUUGGCCGACCAGGAAGGAAGGGUAGACCUGGCCCCCCAGGUGCUCCGGGCAUAGCUGGGCCUGUCGGCUGGCCAGGCCCUGAAGGACCCAGGGGUGAAAAAGGAGACCUGGGUAUGAUGGGCUUGCCAGGGUCAAGAGGACCAAUGGGCUCCAAGGGGUACCCUGGAUCCAGAGGGGAAAAGGGAUCAAGAGGUGAAAGGGGUGCCUUGGGUCCCAAAGGAGAAAAGGGUUUCCCGGGAUUCCCUGGAAUGUUGGGACAGAAAGGUGAAAUGGGUCCAAAGGGUGAGCCUGGGAUAGCAGGACACCGGGGCCCUACAGGAAGACCAGGAAAAAGAGGAAAGCAGGGUCAGAAGGGAGAUAAUGGAGUUAUGGGCCCUCCAGGAAAGCCUGGGCCUUCUGGUCCACCUGGCCCUCCAGGCCCUCCAGGCCCUCUGGGUCCUCCAGUUACAGGACAACUUGUAAUGGGACCCAAAGGGGAAAGAGGAUUUCCGGGGCCUCCAGGAAGAUGUCUGUGUGGACCUCCCAUGAAUGUGAAUAACCCUUCCUAUGGGGAAUCUGUGUAUGGGUCCAGUUCCCCACAAGUUCCUGUGAUUUUUGUGGUCAACAACCAAAAGGAGCUGGAGAGGCUGAACACUCAAAAUGCCAUUGCCUUCCGCAGAGACCAGAGAUCUCUGUACUUCAAGGAUAGCCUUGGCUGGCUCCCCAUCCAGUUGACCCCUUUCUACCCUGUGGAUUACACGGUAGACCACCGUGGCACCUGUGGGGACGGGGUCUUGCAGCCCGGGGAGGAAUGUGACGACGGUAACGAGGACAUGGGUGAUGACUGCCUCAGCUGUCACCGAGCCUACUGUGGGGACGGUCACCGGCACAAAGGCGUUGAGGACUGUGAUGGCUCCGACUUUGGCUACCUGACCUGCGAGACCUAUCUCCCUGGGUCAUAUGGAGACCUGCGGUGUACCCCAUACUGCUACAUUGACUCCACGCCCUGCCGCUAUUUCACAUGA